CCCUAUAAAUAGCUUUCCUAUUUCAAAAUUAUUGGAAAUGAAAAACCUCUGCGCUAGGGUUUAAGCUAUCCCUGCUAUAUUUCUCUAGAGUAUAUUCCGAUGGCAUCUUCCGUCAGAUUAUUGCUCUCCAGAGCUUCACACCGGAACGUAUUCCAUUCUCCCCGGCCGUCUCAUCUGAACAAUUUUCUCUUAUCGAGUCUCCACUCCUUUCUCUCUCAUCCCGAACCAUAUUUCCAUUCCCAUUCUAGAAACUUCUCCGCGGAAUCCAUCACCCAAGACUUGAAUUCUUCUGUCGCCGCCGCUCUGAAUCUAGACAACCGUAUUCCGGCCACCGUCAUCACCGGAUUUCUCGGCUCCGGAAAGACCACUCUUCUGAAUCAUAUAUUGACAUCCCAACAUGGAAAGCGGAUUGCUGUCAUAGAGAAUGAGUUCGGUGAAGUAGAUAUUGAUAGUUCGUUAGUUGCCAGUCAUUCCUCAUCCAAUGAUGACAUCAUCAUGGUCAACAACGGUUGUCUAUGUUGUACCGUGCGUGGAGAUCUUGUCAAAAUGCUAUUGGAAUUGGUCAACAAGAGGCGGGACAAAUUUGACCACAUUGUUAUAGAAACAACCGGUCUUGCAAAGCCUGGUCCUGUGAUUGAAACGUUUUGUAGUGACGAGCUGCUUUCACGCCAUGUGAAACUCGAUGGAGUUGUUACUUUGGUCGAUUCUGUAAAUGUCACUAAACAUUUGGAUGAAGUGAAACCUAGGUUUGUGGUGAAUGAGGCUGUGGAACAAAUUGCUUAUGCGGACCGUAUUAUUUUGAAUAAAAUAGAUUUGGUGAGCGAAGCUGAUGUGGAUACAUUAAGAAAAAGGAUUAAGCUUAUCAAUGGAAUGGCGCCAAUAAAGCUAGCGAAGCAUGGUUUAGUUGACAUGGACUUUGUUUUGGGAGUUGGUGGUUAUGAUCUCGACAGAAUUGAUUCCGAAGUUAAACCAGAUGAUUCUCAUUGUUCUCAUCAUCAUGAAACCGGGCAUGAGCAUCACAAAGGGCAUCAUCAUCAUAAUCACGUACACGAUUCUGCCGUCACCAGUGUCAGUAUUGUUUCUGAAGGAACUUUAGAUCUCGAUUAUUUCGAUGAUUGGCUCGAAAGAUUGAUAGAAGAGAAAGGUGAUGACAUGUACAGAAUGAAAGGAAUAUUAUCAGUGACCGAUUCUGAACAACGAUACGUUUUCCAGGCGGUGCAUUCUAUUUUCGAUGGCUGCCCAGGCAAGGAAUGGGACCCGGAGGAGAAAAGGGUAAACAAAAUUGUAUUUAUCGGGAGGAAUUUGGACGAAAAUGCCCUUAGGAAAGGCUUUAGAGGCUGUUUAGUGUGAGUAGAGUCGACUAACGGAAGCUUCCGUUGAUAGCUUACACUAGCGCGAGGAAACGUACUACGGUCGUUAGAAGGUUCUGCAACUGUGAUCGAUCUUUAUUUUAUCUAGAAGGAAAGACGAAGAAAUUUGUAAAGUUUUUCACAGGACCAGGUUACAAAAAUAAUAUUAGCCAAAAUCCUCCUAUAAUGCAACUUUUUUUUUUUUUUAGCAAACUACCCCCUAAACCUCACCAUUUAGGGGAUGGGUGAUAAACUAAUGUAUUAUAUGGGGUUUUGUUGGUAAUAUUAAUAACAAGGGGACUUUUUGGCAAUUUGAUUUAAAUUUAAUAAACGAGUGUUGGUAUUUACUGAAAUUCAUUAAACCUUGCCUCGGGAAUGGGUAUGGAUUGCUAUGUUUCAUCUGAUAUUUACAAGUCGAGCGAUACAUUUUAAUUUUUCUUGUUUCAAAAUGUGGAGCUCGUAUGACGUAAAACUGGAAAAUAUUCCACAUAAUCUAAAAUAUUCCAUUAAAUUUAACACGCAAUGAUGGACGUGUAAGAAGAUUCAUAAUUCAGAAGGAUGGUUGUAAUUACCUAAAUAUGAUGGGCGUUUUUCGUAAUUUAAACAUAUCUCAGAGAGUUGUGAGAGUAAUUUAACCCUAUGUAAUCUACACACGUUGGCAAAAUUAUUCUAAAUAAAUAAAUAAAUAAAAAUGGGCCAAUCAGAUUAUGCCACCUACUAGCACCACAGUCCACAUAAAUAUUUAUCUGUGAGCAAAAUUGAAACUAAAAAAAAAAAAAAAAAAGAAAAAGUUCAAACUCAACUACGAAAUCUUGAGCUGUGAUUUCAAAAUGCCGUUAUUAAAUUAUCCAACGGUUUCUUGGUUUCCAAUUCUAUCAUCUUCAUCUUUGUCCAAUUCACAGGGCCUUAUUACACAUGGAGGGUUUCUUCGAAUCGAGAAAUCGAAACGUAUAUUAUGCAA